UUUGAGUCGCUGCCCCUGGUUCCGUUCAAAGCUACGCCUCCUUCUGAAUGUCAUAAGAGAGGCACGUUAAAAGGCGCAAAAAGGGACAGGGAGCCGUUGUCACCUCCCGUAGAGCCUCCGGGGACCGGCGCCUGGGUGCUGAAGACGCCCUGCGGACUCCAGAAGGACAUUAACCUCGCUGGAUUCACGAAGCCAGGAUGGUGGGACUGAAGCCCUCAGAGGUGCCCCCGCCGCUGGGGGUGAAGGUCCUCAGCGCGGGGACCGCAGCCUGCAUUGCCGACCUGGUGACUUUCCCCCUGGACACGGCCAAAGUCCGCCUGCAGAUCCAGGGGGAGAAAGCGGCCGUAGAAGCGGCCAAGAACAUCCGAUACCGAGGGGUGCUGGGGACCAUCGGCACCAUGGUGCGCACGGAGGGGCCGCGCUCGCUCUACAACGGCCUCGUGGCCGGCCUGCACAGGCAGAUGGCGUUCGCCUCCAUCCGCAUCGGUUUCUAUGACAACGUCAAGCAAUUCUACACGAGAGGCAAAGAGAACCCAGGGGUCACGGUUCGAAUCCUGGCGGGCUGCACCACGGGUGCGAUGGCGGUUUCUGUCGCCCAGCCCACGGAUGUGGUGAAGGUGCGCUUCCAAGCCCAGCUGAACCUCACGGGUGUGGAGCGCAGGUACGGCGGCGCUCUGCAGGCCUACAGGCAGAUCUUCCGAGACGAGGGCCUGAGGGGGCUCUGGAAAGGAACUUUACCCAACAUCACCAGAAACGCACUGGUUAACUGUACAGAGCUGGUCACCUACGACCUCAUCAAGGAGGCCAUUCUGAAGCACAAGCUGCUGACAGACAACUUGCCGUGCCACUUUGUGUCCGCGUUCGGGGCGGGGUUCUGCACCACGGUCAUCGCUUCCCCGGUGGACGUGGUGAAGACCAGGUACAUGAACUCCCCGCCGGGACAGUACACCAGCGCCAUCAACUGCGCCUGGACCAUGCUCACCAAGGAGGGGCCCACGGCUUUCUACAAGGGCUUUGUUCCUUCCUUCCUGAGACUGGGCUCCUGGAACGUGGUCAUGUUCGUGUCCUUUGAGCAGCUCAAGAGGGCCAUGAUGGUGUCCAAGAAGAAGGUGGACGUGUCCGAGUCCGUGCCGAAGAGGGAGGAGCCUCUGUGAAAGGCUGCCAGCCCCGAGCUGGGGGUGUCCCAGCCCCAUCCUGAGCUUCAGGACGAUGGGGGCAAGGAGCAGUCCUAAGGCUGCUCAGCAAAGCAGACUUCUUCUUCCCCAAUGCCUUAACCGCUCUCUCCGUAGGAGACACAAGUUAUGUCUGUGAAUGAAAUUACACUGAACGUACUGAGCUGCACAUGGUGAGAUGAGAACACACGCUGCGGCUCGCAUAUUCAAAUGAGAAGCGAGGAACAAGGAAAUUCAGUGGAAAACACUUAAAAUUCCAUUUACUUCCGCAUCACUUUGACAAAUUCCGCUUCAUUUGCAACAAGUUGCUUGUUUAGGGGUGGAACAGCAGGUGCCCCACGCUCCUGGGCUCUAAGUUCAGAUGUGGGUUCGAACUCAUCUUAAUCUGCGUGGUUUCCAUGUUCUCCAUAUGUUUGUGGGGGUUUCUUCCAGGUGCUCUGGUUUCCUCCCACAGUCCA